GGCGUGCGUGACGGCAGCGGUGUCGUGGAAGGACUGCAAGGACGGGGAAAGGAGGAACAGCAAUGCCGCUUUUGGAUCUCCAAGACAAGCUGGGCAUUGAUGUUGACAGGUGGGUCUCCAUCCAGAGCGCCAAGCAGCCUCACCAGAGGGCGGCCAUAUGCCAUGCCUUUGAGAAAGAGUGGCUGGAAUGCGCCGAGGGCAUCGGGCAGACCCGAGCCAAGACUGAGUGCAAGUUGGAGAUGGAUGAUCUCUUUGAAUGCCUCAACAAGUACAAAAUGAUCCGACGCAUUAUGGCAAUCACAGCGCAGAAAAAGAAGCUGAUGAAGGAGGGGCUCUACACCCCACCUGACUACCACACUGGGAAACCAGAAACCGACCCUUGA